UCCUCCUUUCCCCCUCCCAUUUUCGUCAGCACCCAAAAAAAAAUAUCUCAAAGUAUCAAUCAACAAACGAUGAGUUACUACAAUCAGCAACAGCCUCCGGUAGGCGUUCCUCCUCCUCAAGGUUAUCCAACAGAAGGAUAUCCUCCCAAAGAUGCUUAUCCACCACCGGGAUAUCCUCCGCAAGGAUAUCCUCAGGGUUAUCCUCCUCAGGCAUAUCCUCAGCAAGGAUAUCCUCCUCAAUAUGCUCAGCCCCCGCCUCAGCAAAACCAGGGUCCCGGUUGCCUUGAAGGCUGUUUGGCUGCUCUUUGCUGUUGCUGUCUUCUGGAUGCCUGCUUCUGACCCAGCUUAGGAAAA